GUUGCUGAUUCGAAAAUCGCUCCUGCUCCUGCUGCUGCAAGAGGUGCUUCUGUUGCUGCAGAUGCUCAGUGCUAUGUGUUUUACGGAUGCGAAAGUCGGGCCCGUGCGGUGCAUGGUUCCAAGCGCCAAGGGGGUAGCCACGCACAUACACGGGGCCCCCCCUACUCGGCUAUGGCAGCUGCACGCCUGGGGCGUGGAGCCUCACAAGGGAAGACCAAAAAUAACUUCCCUACUGCUCAGUUUCUGAGAAUCUUUAUGGGAAAGAUGCAAAUUGUGCGAAGUCGAAGAACGAUGCGUAGUACUUCAAUGUUUGCGCAAGAGUGUUCCAUCGGGCUCGCUGGCGCCAAUGCACACGUGGGAGGCUCUGCCCGUCCUUUUAAACAAGCAGCGCCUUCGGCAGCAGCAUCGGCUUCACCCGAGGGGUGGGCGCCGCAAAGGACUGAAGCCACAGCCCUGGCCAAAGUCGUAUGUGCAGCCUCGUCACGUACAGCCACGAUGUGCUGGGUCUGCUUGAUAAGUGUCCUUGUGAUCGUGGCGGUGUUGGUCGGCGGAGGCCUCAUUUUGGGCCUGGUGCACAACAGCAGUGGCGAUUCUCUGUGGGAUCAAUUCCUCGCUUGGCUGGAUUCCAUCGUUCGCAAGUAG